GCACCGUGUCACUGUUGCCAUAUGGAGCAUGUGGUGAUGUCGAACGCUGCUGCUCCACCUAUUUUGUAAGCCGGGCUGGCUUUCUUGGUGAUGACAUCUCUGAUCACCCCAUCGUGCCCUGCCGUCAGUGUCCUGUCACCCUUAAUAUAAAAUAACUUACCUAGUCAGAAAUUUAUCUCGCAUCAAUUGUAUGAAUAGUGACAAUCCACCAGGAAUACACCAAUCCACCGUCUACUUAUCAGCUGCUACAACCAUAACUAUUUUGAUAAUGUGUUUUGGUAGUGAUCGAUGAGUGUGUCAGACAAGUGACUUCUUUACAUGUUAAUUGUUGGCAUAGUGACUCUGCCCACCAUCUCUUCAUUUCCGUGUACUCGACAGGUGAGGUAAGGUUGUCAGCAUGGCGUCGGCGCCUAAGAAGAGAGACUUUUUUAAUGGAUCACAAAGACUAAACUUAACGGAGACACAGGAAGAGAGUAUGGUUCCUGAGCAAAAUGUCACCAGUAGAGGAAGAAAUGGCUUCUCUUUCUCCCAGGAUUUCCUUGGGCAUUCUUCAGGCGACUGUCUCUUCCCAUCUUUUUCCAAUAGACAAAGUUCUCCUGUGUACAAUAGUCAAGACAGUUGCCCAUCCCUCUCUUCACGAUAUAGUAUCCGAACGGCAAAGGUCGAAUACGAAAACUCCAAAGGCACAUCAUACCGGUCUAACUCAGAUGCAGAAUACAUAUCUUCGGCGGGCUCUGCUCAGAUUCCUUACUUGGCCAAAGAUGUUGGAGACGACGACAAGAAGAAAGUGGGAAAGAGAAAGCAGAGGUGUCGACUGUGUUCCAAUCAUGGCAAGUACAAGUUGAUUAAAGGUCACAAGUGGUACUGCGAGUACAGGAAACCACAACACAACUGUUCCCUGUGUGAAAUCACCCGCAAGAAGCAAAUGUUCGCGGCGAAACAUCAUCAGAUCAUGCGGAGGCAGCAUCUCCAAGAGCAGCAGCAGCAGCAGCAGCAACAACAACAACAACAACAACAACCGCAACAACAACAGCAACAACAACAACUACUACACGUGCAAAAUCGACCGACAAAUGAUUCCAAUGCUCGGAUCAGCUUACCACCCUCACCGACUACCGAACACAUAGAUUUUCCCCGGCUACAAGAACUAGUGACGGAGACAGCAACCAUCACGGUCGAUGAUGAUUUCUUCCGCAAGAUUAGCGAGCAUAUGCUAUUAAAUGUCCUUCAAAAUUGAUUACCCAUCGCCCUUCCUAAUACACCUACAUGGUCCAAUGGAGGAGUUAAGGCUUGUAGGGAGAAACAGCUACAUCCAUGCCAAAUCCCGCAGUCUUCAUCUUCUUUCUGGCAACUCGUAACGAGAUGUUUUGCAGUGCGUUCAAACUAUGUACAUUUAGCAGCUAACACCACUUACCGCUGGACUGGGAAAAGCAUAAGGCUGUGAAAAGUGGCACUAAGAUUGUACUCCAUUCGCCGAUAUCAAUAUAAUAAUAAUAAUAAUAAUAAUAAUAUUAUUAUUAUUAUUAUUAUUAUUAUUAUUAUUAUUAUUAUUAUUAUUGUUAUUAUUAUUGUUGUUGUUAUUAUUGUAAAAAUAUUGUAACAAUUUAUAUUUCUGGGAGAGAGGAAAAGGAAUACACGGCCAGCGGAUGAGUAUAUACUUUACUUCCGGAUUAAUUUCGCUUUACAGACUCUUCAGAGGAAAUAAAAGCUCGCAGGCCAACCUUCACAGUAUAAAUAGGAACCUGAAGGAUCACAGGAUUGGCGUUGCGGCUGAAGGAACCACGUAGACAAUAAAGGACGUCUGCCGAAGUGGAGUGAAACAAAGGCGUUGCAGGCGAAUCUCUUCAAACAACACCGAAAGGCAUGUGAAUUUAUAUACAUUACCCUGAACACGAAAUAUGAACAAGAGAGCAGGCGAAAUCAUGUGGGAAGAGGUCGCUGCGAAGGUAGCAGCAAUGAGCAAUUCAGGCAAAAAACAGGUCAAUCAGCGCACCCCACACCAUCUAUAAUCCUCCAAGUUCCUGUAUAAAUGUAUACUGACCAGGUUGGCCUAUGAGCUAUUAUUUCCUCAGAAGCUCUAAGGCAAAACUAGACAGGAAAUAAAGUACUCAUCUACACCCUCUGUAUGCCUUCCCCAC